UUCAGGGACGCAGAAACAAGCCCGCCCGCCUUAAGGAAAAGAAAAAACUGCACAACAAUCAUCGUAGCCGGCCAUAUGCAACUCUACGUUGAAGACAUAUCAACACGUAGCCACUUUAACGUUAUCAUGCGAGUGAUUCUUGCGUCAAUCGUGUAUCUUGUUUCAAGUGUACAUGGAAGUCCAGCAUAUCAAGGUGUUGCAACGGGCCAACCUGCGCAAGUUCCUGCUCUCGUAGUUACGCCAGGAAUAGUGCAAGGAGACAGCCAGCCUGGAUCUCCAGCAUAUCCUCCGGCUGCACAAUAUCCAACGUACAUGCCCGGAAAUGCUGCAUCCCAAACAGUACCACUGCCAUCAUCAGGUGGAGUCCCUUAUGGGCCAACUCCACAAGUUCUUCUGCCAACAACGCCAUAUGGAAAUACGGUACCGCAGACGGCACCAGGGAUGGCACCCGGUGGAGUAGCUUCUGCAUCAACUUUGUCAAUUCCGGCGGCAGGAAUGCUUCCGUAUGGUUCUCCAGUGGCUCCAGGUGUAGCAGUUGUUCCCUCACCUGGUUUACCAGGUCCUGCAAUUGGUGUCAUCCCGCCUGUUUCAGGGAAAGGACAACAGCCCGGGAUUCCACCAUACAGUUCCUCGUCAUGGGCAAACAACGCUUGUAAGUUUUAUAGCCUACCAUGUGUGGCCAUAGACUCUUGCAAACGGAAGCUAAGGCUGCCACUAUCAGGGUGCGACAGCACUUCUGUCUGCUGCAACAAAAAUGACAACAUGACCUGGAUCGAUGAAAGCGUCUCCAGCGGCGCUGUCUGA